UUGAGUGUGGAAAAGCUACAGACAAUGACAAAACAAAACAACCUGACAGUGUCGAAACAGACCAUUUUCAAGAGCCACGUGAUGAUAUAAUGGAGAAAGAUAUUUUGACAGAAAAACUCAGAAAGACUAAUCUCUGUGAAUCGUUAAACAAAGUCAACGCUAAAGAGGAAAAUGUGGCGGUUAUGAUACAGAACCAAGAAUUGCUCAGUGGAGCAGUGUGUCCAGAUGCAAAGAAGUCACAAGAUGACACAGAUAAUGUGUUUCAGUAUAAAGCAAAAGAGAACCCACAUUUAAAAUCAGAAAGCACAGAGAAGAGGGAAAGUAUAGACACAGCGGCUAAAAAGCAAGAAGACGAGCAUGUAUAUGAAGUGCCUGAUGUUUUGCUCACUAGUUCUGCGGAAUAUGUUAAUGUAACAGAUAGUGUUAAAGAACAAUUCAAGAAACUGGAAAACGUCACACUUCACAUUGCUGUUACAGGGUCGACUGGAGCAGGAAAAUCCAGCUUUAUCAAUGCAAUACGAGGUCUUCAACCUGAUGAUGUCAAUGCAGCUCCCACGGGAGUGAUUGAGACGACAAUGACAUCAACAGUGUACGCACAUCCUACAAUGCCCAAUGUAAAAUUAUGGGAUCUGCCAGGGACCGGGAGUCCCAAAUUUAAAGCUAAAAAAUAUCUAAGGGGUGUGAAACUUGACACCUUUGACUUCUUCAUCAUCAUCUCCUCAGAGAGAUUCAAAGAAAAUGACAUCAUGCUGGCUAAAGCAAUUAAAGAGAAGAAGAAAUUGUUCUACUUCCUCCGCUCAAAGCUUGACAAUGACAUUCAAGCGGAAUCGCAAAGGAAAGACUUUGAUGAGCAGAAAGUUCUCUCCCAAAUUCGUGAGGACUGCCAAAGAAACCUGAAGAAUAUGGAUAACCCAGAAAUUUUCCUGAUCUCCUCAUUUGAAUUCCACAAAUAUGAUUUUCAAACCCUCAUCGACACACUAGAGAAGCAACUACCUGCUCACAAGAGAGAUGCUUUGAUUUUGUCUUUGCCAGUAUACUCCUCCAAGAUUCUGGAGGAGAAAACUGAAUUGUUUAUGAAGCAAACCUGGUCGGCAGCUAUCGCUUCUGGUUCUAUUGCUGUGGCUCCAGUGCCUGGUCUUUCCAUGGCUUGUGAUGCUGCCAUUUUGCUGGCUUUCUUCACCAAGUGUUACUAUGCAUUUGGCCUGGAUGAUGAAGCAAUAGAUAAGCUGUCGGUGAGGGUCAACAAUCCAUCACUAAAAUCUGUAAGAAAGUCACCUCUAGUGGUCGCUAUUGGGCAAAAGAAACUCAGUAAUAAGGUGCUAUCAGCACUGACAAGUAAGAAAGCAGCUGUUAAAUUUGCGUGGAGCAUGGUUCCUGUUGUAGGGAGUAAAAAAACAGCGGAAAUGUCUUACUCGACAACACUAAACCUUCUGCGAGCAGGAGUUCAGGAUCUUGCUGAUACAGCCAAAGAAGUGCUGAAAGUGGCGGGUCUGACUGAUGUCUACUAAGAUCACAGAUCGAGAUCAGACUCAAAAGGUCAUCUCACUGAUAAUUGUGGUUGACAUUUUGACAUAUUGUUGGUAGUCACAAUCAUUCAUAACAUACUCUAUGCUAUAUUUGCUGUCAUCCAAGAAGCUGAGUUGCAUGCAUCCAAUAGGCUAUAGCUAACAGUUCUGAUUCUUUUUCAUCUUAAAAAUGUAUAGAUUACUUUUGUUCAUUGAUUUAUUUGCUAUAGAACACAAUAUAAAUUUUAUGUCUGUGAUCAAUGUUCAUAGGAUGUUAUUUGUUAGAUUCUGUGUUGAGUGUGUGUAGAAACUA